CCAGUGUGCUCCACCAUCACCUGGCCUUACACCUCAGCCUACCCCCGGUUCUGCCACCCAAUCGAUCAUACAGUCUUCCCCCCAAAUACAGUGUUCUUCAGAGAUGUGUUUGUUGCAAGACAUAUGGGCAGGCAAAAUCGGUGGGAAACUGUGCAGCAAAGUUGGCCCAUACAAACUUUUUACCUGGGAUUUGGAACGUCUCAAACCUGGGGAGAAACUGGAAAGUGAGGUCAUUAAUGCGUACCUGACCUGCCUUGUGAGAAAUUUUUCAGGCAGGGCAUUUGUUCUGGAUUCCUUUCAAGCCACAAAUAUUUGGAAGAGGAAGGCCAAUUCAAUGAAAAGGGUGAAUCCUAAGACAUAUGACGUGCUGGUGGGGUCAGUUAAUGAGAAUGACCACUGGACACUCCUGAUGAUAUAUCCCAAAGAAAGAAGAAUUUUGUAUUUAAACUCCUUUGGUGAAAGCCGAGCCAAACUGCUUCACUCCAAAAAGGUUGUAAGUGAUUUUAUGGCCAGCAGAGUCACUCCAACUGCAGAGUGGCAAUGUCAAGCACUGCCACACAGCAUUCAGAAGGAUGGGACUUCAUGUGGCGUAUUUGUCUGCAAGUUUGCAGAAGCAGUUCUAAAUGGAGGCAGUUUGGAGUUUCAGUGCACUGAUGCAGACAUUGCUGUAAUGCGGCAAAACAUAGGCCUGUGUCUACUACAGCAAACAGAUGACCUGUCUGACCUAUGCUUGUCAUGUGGGGACAAAUAUCCUCAAACUCAGGACAACACUGACUCUUGGAUUGAAUGUGAGAGUUGCUAUGGCUGGUACCACUGGAAAUGUGUAAAUCAGCCCAAUGUGGAAGUGGUUUUCAUUUGCCAUGGGUGCAGAGGCCCUUAAUGUGUUAUGCCCAUGAAAAGCAU